GAAGAAGAAGGACACCAAGGAAGUGCACACCGGUGAUCUCCCACCUGUGUUACAGAAGAGUUUUAUGACUGACUGUCAACGGAUAAUUUGAUCGUUGCCUCCCAGACUUAUGCUAGGGUUUAACCAACCUAAAUGCAAUGGACUCUGUACGUGCAGACAGCUAUUUGGUCACUGGAGGAUGUGGAUAUGUUGGUUAUCGCCUGGCAUGCUCCCUGCAUAAAAAAGGAGCUAAAGUCGUUCUCUUUGACACAGUCCCUCCCAAACAAGGCCUGCCAGAGGACAUUGUGUUUGUUCAGGGAGAUAUACGCGAGUAUGGACAUGUGGAAAAAGCCAUCACUGGUGUGGACUGUGUACUCCACCUUGCCUCCUAUGGCAUGUCUGGCAGGGAGCAGCUAAACCGCCAUCUGAUUGAGGCGGUGAACAUUCAAGGCACAGAGAACGUCCUGAAGGCUUGCACUGAGCUUGGAGUGUCAAGGCUGGUUUACACAAGCACCUUCAAUGUGGUGUUUGGAGGCCAAGUGAUAGAGAAUGGGAAUGAAAGCCUGCCUUAUCUACCUCUUCAUCUUCACCCUGAUCACUACUCCAGGACCAAGUCUAUUGCUGAGAUGGCAGUGUUAAAGGCUAACGGCACAGCUCUGAAGGAUGGCUCUGGGGUGCUAAGAACCUGUGCACUGCGUCCAGCAGGGAUCUAUGGGCCUGGAGAGCAGAGGCACCUGCCCAGGAUAGUCAGCUACAUAGAGAAGGGAAUCUUCAGGUUUGUUUAUGGAGACCCAGACAGUCUGGUGGAGUUCGUCCAUGUAGACAACCUGGUGUCAGCACACAUGCUGGCUGCAGAGGCUCUGACAUCAGAGAAGCAACACUGCUCUGCAGGUCAGGCCUACUUUAUCUCCGACGGUCGGCCUGUCAACAACUUUGAAUUCUUCAGACCCCUAGUGGAGGGCUUAGGUUAUUCUUUCCCCAAAGUGCGCCUUCCUGUCUCUCUCAUCUACUUCUUUGCCUUCCUCACAGAAAUGAUUCACCACCUCAUCGGCCCCCUCUAUAACUUCCAGCCUCUGUUAACACGCACAGAGGUGUACAAAACUGGUGUGACGCAUUACUUCAGCAUGGCCAAAGCUGAGCAGGAGCUGGGUUAUGAGCCACAGGAGUACAACCUGGAUGAGGUGGUGCAAUGGUUCAGAAGCAGAGGCCAUGGGAAAAAAUCCCACAGCUCCACUCUUGGUCGACUGCUGCGAGACAUCCUGUUUGUUUCUGCCUUAAUUGCUGUAGCUCUUUCUUUUCUUCCACUUGUUGGAAGUUGAUGAGCAGUUAAAUGCAAAAAAAAAACCACUGGGUAUUUCCCAAAAAGCCUUAACAAGACUGGUUCAGACAUUGUUUACAUGUUUUAAAAUGGCCAAAUCAAUGGCAGGUGCUUCAGUCCUAAAACUUGCAGUCUUUAGACAUGCUCAGUAAGAGCAAAAUAAACAUGUUUACCUUUUACUCUAACCCCCAUAAAAUGUAAACCCUUAAAAUGAAUUAUAAUCCCUUUUUUCCUCUUUGAGAAAACUUUCAAUUUUUGUCAGAUAAAACAUACCUGGAGGAACAUCAUUGAACACAUGCUGAUACCUCAUGCUUUAAUAAGUUUUUAGGAACUGCUAAAUAAGGGAAACUAAACGUUGGUUGGAGAACCAUUAAUAAUAAAA